AUGCCCGGACACGGCCUCCUGUUCUUCAUUCCCGGCAACCCAGGGCUCGUGGAUUACUACACCGACUUCUUCGAAGCGCUCAAGGCCCGCAUAGAUUGGGCUGAUGGCCACGUCCACGUCCACGGGCGCGACCUCUUUGGCUUUCGCGAUGAUAGUCACGAGCCCUUCAGCAGUGACAACCCGCCAUAUGACGUUGAACGCCAGAUUGAGCUUGUCUAUGGUCAUUUGGCAUCGCUGAGACGGACAGACUCGUCGCGCAAUGCACCUGGCAAGAAGGGCGAGCCGUAUGACUUUGUCAUUCUGGCGGGUCACUCGGUGGGUAGCUAUAUCGCUCUUGAGAUAUUCCACCGCCAUAUGAGGGACCCCUCGCGUGCGCCUCAUCUCAAGCUGCAAGCCGGCAUGCUCCUCUUCCCCACUGUGACGCACAUAGCCCAGUCGCCGAGUGGAAAGCAGCUCGAGGUCCUCCGCACGACACCCUUCCUCAACAAGACGGCGCAUGUUGUAGCUCAAAGGUUUCUUGACCUGUGGCCGGCAGUGGCGCUCCGGUGGUUCGUUGGCACCGUGCUCGGCUUUGGGCCCAAGGCAGCCGAUGUCACAACCAAGUUCUUGAAAAGCCGGGACGGUGUGUGGCAGGCGAUCCACAUGGGCAAAGAUGAGAUGAAGGUUAUAACCGAAGAGAAGUGGGAUAAGGAACUGUGGGAGGUUAAGGAGCAAGACAAUAGCGCUGGGGGGAGGGCUGCGCCAAGAUUCUUCUUCUUCUUCGGGAAGAAGGACCAUUGGGUGGGCGAUCACUUCAGGGAUCAUUUCAUCAGAGCUCGAGAGAAGCACAUCGAGAACGGAUGGGCACGAGUGGAGAUCGACGACACCGGGCUCCCUCACGCCUUCUGCACAACGGAGAAGAACAGUGAGGUCGUCGCUGGCAAGGUAGCAGAUUGGCUGAAGGAGGUUUGGGAUGGUUUGGCACAGCCGGCAACAUGA